AUGAGUCCUACAUCUUUCUGUGUCAUUUUUGUGCCUGGUGCAUGGCAUCCAGCCUCAGUCUUCAAAGCGGUUGGCGACAUCCUCGAACAGGCCGGGUUCAAUGUCGACUACGUAGACCUUCCUUCUGUCGGUGCAGAUCCGUCCAUUACCGAUUUCACCGCCGACGUCAAAGCCAUCCAACAGGCUGUAUCGCAAGCUGCCUCUAAAGGUCAAAAGGUCAUCCUCGUCGCUCACUCGUACGGUGGCAUCCCUUCAGCGGAAGCCAUCGGCGCUUUUGGGUCUGGCGGCGCUGUUGAGCACUUUGUUCUCUGCUGCUCAUUCAUCAUCCCGAAAGACAAGUCACUUAUCGCUGCCUUCGGGGGCCAAGACCUCCCGUGGUGGGAUAUUGCGGAGGACAGGCUUUCUGUCGAAGCAUCGACUCCGGAGAAAAUCUUCUAUAAUGACCUGUCUCCCGAACAAGUCGCGGCAGUCGUCCCGACCCUGAAGCCACAUAGCUACCAGGUUUUCCAUACACCCCUUACGAACGAAGGGUGGCGACAAGUGUCGACUACAUAUAUUUACUGCUCUUUGGAUGCUGCAAUCCCUAUUCACAUUCAGAAAAUGAUGGUGGAGGAGACUGCCAAAGGUGUUGACAUUAACACUGAAGAGAUUAAUGCUGGACAUAGUCCUUUUAUUAAUGUGCCUGAUGCAGUCGCAUCCUGCAUCCAGAAGCUUUCAAAGUAA